AGACUCCAAAGAGGAGAGAGGGAGAGAUAGAUGGACCAACCAAAAACCUGCAACCAGUCAUUCUUUGCUCAGUUCAGAAUUGAGAGUGGACCAUUUGCCACUGCAUCGGCCACUAGAAACCCUAAAACAAGAAGAAGAUGAGUUUCAGGUUUGAAUAACCGAUCAACCAGACUUCCAUUUCCAUUUUCCACCAUUACCCAACUCCACAUUACAUGACAAAUUGACAAUAAUUAAAUAAAGGGCAUAUUUAUUCUUUAAUUAAAUAAUACCAAAUGAAGUUCCCUUAAAAGGGCCAGCUAUUUCGGAAUUUGCAGGUUUGCACAUCUUCUUCUACCCUUCGACGUAUUCAAACCCACUCUCUUCACUCUCUUCGUUUCUGUUCAUCUUAGAAGACUGGAGAGGUGGGAGUGAGGGUCGCCUCUGUUUUGAUCGGCUUCUAUCCAUGGAGCUGAUACCUUAUUCUGACCCAAACUCUAACCCCAAAGAUUCCUCUAAUCUCCCAUGGCAAGAUAUGUUCCGAUCUGCUUCCGUUCGUAAACCCCAACCUUCCCCUCCUCCUCCUCAAUCCCUCCCUCAAAAAACCCAGAAGCCCAACAUGGGAUCGACCGCCACCCUCGAUCCCUAUCAGAAAUAUCUCUCCGGUGAUCCUCAGGUCCGCCUCGCUCUCUACAUCGCCAUGGCUCACGCUGGCCUUGCUUUCUCCAUCAUAUUGCUCUAUGGCGUCUGCAGGCUGCUCGACGAAUAUCUCCGGCCCAUUCAAUGGGCCGUCCUCUGUUCCAUCCCUCUCAGAUGUAUUCAGGAUGCCCUCGUCGCCUUUUGGUCUGAACCCUUGAAAUUAGGUCUCACAGAGACUCUUCUCGCCGUCCCUGUCGCGGUUUUUAGGGUUUUCGUUGGUACCCUUGUCGACAUUCGCAAUGCUUCUUUCCGGGUUAUCCUCCGGCGCCGUGGCAAGGGAACGGAGGCUCCCACAAAGACUCGGAAUCGAUUCUCCAAGCUGGUUCGAUUGCUCGUCUCCUUUGGCGUCUUCGUGAUCGCUUAUGAGCAGACUGGUGGUUUGGGGUCUCUUGCGCUCCUCGUUUCAGGUUUCACGUUCACUUCUGGGAGUGUCGAUUCGACCAUGUCCGCCGUCUCUUCUGUGAGAAACAAAAGCUUUCGCCGUAGCCGUGUUAGUGCCUUUCUAACUCGCGGGAUUCUCAAGAAGUUGAAAACUAUCGUGGCCAUUGGGUUGAUUGUUGGAAUGAUCGUCGGCUUUCUCUCGGGUUCUAUUUUCUUCUCUUAUAAGAUCGGAGUUGAGGGUAAGGAUACUGUGAUAUCGCUCAAAUCGCAUUUAGAGAAGAGCAAUUACGCAGAGAGGAUUGGCGUUAAGAAAUGGAUGGAUGAGAAUGAUGUCCCUGGGAUGAUGGAUAGAUACACCGCCAAGUUAUACGAAGCUGUGUCUCAACAGAUCGAUAGUCUGGCCUUGCAGUAUAACUUGACAGAGUUUGUUAAUGGGUUCAAGCAUUUCGUUGUCCCCCAAAAGGUUGAUGAUUCCUCAGGAACUUCCUCGGCUAUGAUGAAUCCUUCCCCCAUUGCUGAGAAGCUUGUGAGUCUACGAAAGCUGUUUGCAGACAGAGAAUGGGGACAGAUUUAUGCAGAGCUCGACGAUCUCUUCAGGGAAUUACUCAUUACCAGGGAAGAUUUGGUCGAGAAGGCUAAAGCUUUCGCUUUUCAAGGGAUCGACGUGUUCAAACGUGUCUUUGACAGUAGUAAAUCUCUUUUAGGUGGAAGUGCAAGCCUUGUCUUCUCCAUUGGUAACUCCAUCAUAUCUGGAGCAGCAGGCCUUUUCAACUUUGUCUCUCAGUCCAUGGUUUUCUUUUGGGUAUUGUAUUAUCUCAUCACAUCGGAAUCCGGUGGAGUAACAGAACAAGUAAUGGGUAUGCUUCCAAUUUCGAGGCCUACUAGGAUUCGAUGCGUUGAAGUCCUUGAUAAUGCUAUUUCAGGCGUUCUUUUAGCUACUGCAGAAAUCUCCCUCUUUCAAGGUUGUCUCACCUGGCUUUUAUUUAGAUUAUACUCCAUACAUUUCUUGUACAUGUCAACUGUUCUUGCCUUCAUAAGUCCUCUGCUUCCAAUCUUUCCUUCUUGGUUUUCAACGAUUCCUGCGGCUGUCCAAUUGGUGGUGGAAGGUAGAUACAUAUUGGCAAUCACGUUGUCCCUUAUACACCUUGCUCUCAUGGAUUAUGGAGCAACUGUUAUCCAGGAGGAUAUACCUGGUUACAGUGAAUAUCUUACUGGCCUUAGCAUUAUUGGUGGGAUGGCAUUAUGCCCAUCUGCACUGGAGGGUGCAAUAAUGGGUCCACUGAUAACAACAGUUGUGAUUGCUCUAAAGGAUUUGUAUGCGGAAUUUGUGCUUGCAGAAUCAAAGGAAAUUAUCGAUUAGCCAUUUCAUUUGUAGAUCUAUACUGUUGUCUAGUGAGGAAAUGUGUGUAUGGUCCGAGUUCCCAUGCAAAAGAAACUUGCUUCUUUUGUGCUGUAGCCUGUCCACAAAAAGCAAACCAAUUGUUUGGUUUCAGGUCCUAUACAGGAACUGAUCUCAUUAGCUUUUCUGUACCACCUAUUUGUGUAUUUAUCCAAUUUUUGCUCAUACUACAAUUCCUAUUUAGAUUCAUCAGCAGGUUUUGUAUUGUAAAUUUUUUUGUAUUCAUUAUAUAUAUAUAUAUAUUUCAUGUAAUGGUUUUGAACUGAUUUCAUGUAAUGUGAUGUUUUCUAGUGUUAAAUUGUCCA